UACAUCAUUGCUUUUAAAUUCACGUUAUCCGCGAUCCACGACUGAGUCGCACUCGAAAUCCGAAGUUGGACGCUUAGCUAUCGCUCCGUCUCUUGAGAUGACCUUCUCAUCGCUGAUCCUCAAUUAAAAGAGUGUUUAGUAUACCGCGCUCGAAUUCGAAUAACCCAAUUUCAGUUGACCUAAGUGUUGCUAAAUUUAGUCUCGUGAGUUUCGUAAGGUGUUUAUGAAAUAAACGAUAUAUUUAGUGCUAGUGUUCUUUUGUUGUGGAUUAAAAUGAGCAAAAAUAAUUAUAUGAUGCCGCCUCCUUAUGGACCACCGCAAGCGGCUCCUCCUAGCUACGCACAGGCUGUCGGGGGUGUUCCGCCCUCCAGUCCUUAUGUACCUCAUCAUUCCUUCGUAAAAGGUCCAGAAAUCGUAACAACUGUUGUUCCUGUGGGACCAAACCCGACACAUAUGAUAUGCCCUCAUUGCCAUGCUGAAAUCGAUACUACAACUAAACGAUCGCCUGGAUGUAUUGCCUACAUUUCUAGUGCGGUACUUUGUUUAAUAGGAUGCUUCUUUGGUUGCUGCCUGAUCCCAUGCUGCAUAGAUAAAUGCUUAGACGUCUCACACACCUGCCCCAAUUGUCGCGCCUAUCUCGGAACUUACAAACGAUAAAGCAAAAUCGCAACAUAAAAAACAUUGUAUACAGGGUGUACAAAGAGGUUGGCCAUCAAUUAAUCACAUAUUCUGAGACCAAAAGUAGUUCGAUUGAAUCUAACUUACCUUAGUACAAAUGUGCACAUAAAAAAAGUUAGAACCCUUUGAAGUUAUAAAAUGAAAAUCGAUAUUUCCAGUAUAUUGAACACUUUUGGAGGAUUUAUAUUUAAAAUGAACACGUGGAUUUGUUAUGUCAGGAACAUCUUUAAAAAAAAUAUCAGUGAAAUAUGUGCAUCCCAUAAAAAUUUUUGUUCCCUUAAACCCUCCAAAAUGUUUGUGUGCGUUCCAAUUAAAUUAUUAUUUUGGUACCAUUAGUUAAACACAAUGUUUUUAAAACUUUUUUGUCGUUUAGUAGGUACUUUUUCGAUAAGCCAGUUUUUAUCGAGAUAUUUUGAAUAUCUGUAAAAGUUUUAAAAACAUUGCGUUUAACUAAUGGUAAUGGAACGUACACAAACAUUUGGGGGGUUUAAGGGAACAAAAUCUUCAUACAAUUUUUAAGGGAUGUACAAAUUUCAAUGUAAUUUGUUUUAAGAUGUUCCUGCCAUAAGAAGGCCACAUGUCCAUUUUCAACAUAAAAUCUGUUUUUCUACACAUUGGAAAAAAUCGAAUUUUAUUUUGUAACUUCAAAAGGCUACAAUUUUUUUAAGUGCACAUUUUGUACUAGGGUAAGUUAGGUUCAAUCGAACUAUUUUUGGUCCCAGAAGAUGUGAUUUAAUUUAUGACCUACAUUUUUGCUACAUCCUGUAAAUGCUACAUUCAGGCCUUAAAUUAUAUUUAAAUUACCUACGUUAAAAAAUUAUCACAUUUUAUAAAAAAUAUAAAGCGGUUAAGGCCAUAUUGUAUAUAUAUAUUAUUUGAUUGCAGUGAUAAGCAGGAAAAUAAGAAAAUUUGAUUGUUGGAAAGAAGGGGGUAAAAUGUAAUUCUUAAAAUAUAACGACGAGAAUUUGGAGCAUUUAAUACCAAAAAUAUGUAAUUUCUUAUACAAAAAUGUAAAAGUACAUUUUUGAAAUAUUUUAACUAAAGCAACUUGCAUGUAUUACAAAUCACUUUUUUUUUAAUAAAACAUCGAAAGGUAUUUCUAACAGAAUUAGGUUACAUGACAUAUUUAUGAAAUAAAUAAUAUUUUUUUAGUGCAUUUAUAUAGUGUAAUUUAAGUUUAACAUGACAUUUGGCGUCAUUGAUAUAUACGCAAGGCGCCUCUUGAUUUAAAGUAAAUGUUAAAUAAUAGUAAUGUAAAUAAUAAUUAAUGCCA